AAUGGUCCUGAGCCACACCGCCCCCAGCUGCUGAGAGAAGGGAGUUACAGGUGGCACUUAGGAGGGAUGCAGGCAGAGGGAGAGCUCAGAUAGAUGGACUAUAAGAAAACGGCAGACGAAGUCUCUAAGAAAGUCUUUGCAUAUCUCCAAGAGGACACAUCAGAAUGGAAAGUGGUAAAAAGUACAAAAACUAUUAAAGUGUGGUCAAAACCUUCAGAAGACUUCUCAGGAACGCUGUACCGUGCAGAAGCACUUGUGGAAAUACCGCAUGAUAAACUCUUUCCCUUCAUUUACCUUCCUGAGCACCGGGGCCAGUGGGAUAAGGCAGUACAGUCAUACAAACUUGUGGAAACAAUUGACGAGGACACAUUCGUUUUUCACAUUAUUACACACAGUUAUGGCUUUGGAAUGAUAUCACCAAGAGAAUUUGUCUACCUGGUGCGCAUUAAAAAAUACGAUGGAGAUUUAAUGACAACCAACUCUGUCAGCAUUGAUCAUCCAGACUACCCUCUAUCUCCAAAUUAUGUCCGUGGUAGUAGCUAUCCUUCUGGUUAUGCGUGUUCUCCCCUGCCAGAGAAUCCUCAGCACACCAAAUUCGUGGCAAUCCUGCAGGUCGACUUAGGAGGAAUGUUAAUGCCUUCUGUGAUAGACUCAGUUAUGCCUACGACUCUCAUUAACUUAGUCACAGAUUGCAAAGCUGGACUUAAAAAACUAAAGGCAGAUAUAUAAAAGCCUACCCAAGUGUGAAAGGAUGGUUAUUUGUGGUUUGCAGUUGUCACCAAUUUGCUUCAAUGUACAUUCAGUGGGGCUAGCUUUGAAUACAUAAGACCUGCCACAAUGCAUCAGACCAAAGUUUCAUCCCAUUUACUACUGGCGGGAU